AAAAGCACCAAGAGAUCACCGAAGUAGAUCAGUUUAGUUCAGAAUUCGCAAACGAUCCAAAGGCAACCCCUUAGCUCCAACGACUUUCACCGCUGCACCCUCUACAGCCCAAUCGCACCCACAGCAAGCACAGCGGACAGCACACACCCACUCGACAGGCGCAGAGACCGCAUUUCUAAUGCUCGUCUGGAACGAUAAACAGGAUACAAACUUCACCUUCAUUUGAGGCAGCUGGCAACCUGCAAACAGACGCCCCAAAAACGCGCUGCAAGGAAUUCGAUUAACGUGGACAACAUUUUUUUUUUUUUUUUUGUUUCUUUUGAUUUUUUGUUUGGUUUUGUUUUGGUUUCGGUUUUUGUUGAGUGUGUCCAGUGAAACGCCUGCCUGGUGAUAAUGCCCAGCAGUGUUGCCAACGAGGGCUACCAAUUUCAGAGGGCCAAUAGCCGCAAUCAGCAGAACAGCAGCUGCCCGAGCAGAAGUGCCAGCGGUUCGCCAGCGGCAGUCACCCAGCCGCCCCCCAACAGCGACGAUGUCGUCGAUGAGGCACUGGCCGAGCUGCAGCUCCAAUCGCAGCAGCAACAGCAGCAGCAGCAGCAACAACAGAUGCUGCAGCCGGCAGCAGCAAUCAAGGGUCGUUCCGGCUGGCAGGUCAAGUCCUCGAAGCUGGCCAUCAACACACACAAUCACAUACGGAACAUUGUGGAAUCGCUGAAGAUCAAACCGAAUCCGGAAAAGCCCAUGAUACCAUUGUCCAUUGGUGAUCCCACAAUUUUUGGCAACCUGAGGGCCGCCGAUGAGACCAUGAAGGCGGUGCUGCAUUCCCUGGAGAGCGGCAAAUUCAAUGGCUAUGCCCACACCCAGGGCCAUGAGGCAUCCCGUCUGGCAGUGGCCCAGUACAGUGCCCACCAGCGACCGGAUGGCGCCAUCGAGACGAGCGAUGUGGUGCUGUGCAGCGGCUGCUCCUCCGCCUUGGAGUACUGCAUCCUGGCGCUGGCCGAUCGCGGCCAAAAUGUGCUAGUACCGCGGCCGGGCUUCUGUUUGUAUCACACGCUUACCGAGGGCCUGGACAUUGAGGUGCGUUAUUAUGAUCUGCUGCCCGAGCAGCAGUGGCGCGCCGAUCUCGUGCAGCUGGAGAGUCUGAUCGAUCAGAAUACGGCUGCGCUGCUGAUCAAUAACCCCAGCAAUCCCUGUGGCAGUGUCUUCGAUGAGAAUCAUCUCCGUCAGCUGAUAGCCAUCUGUGAGCGUCACUAUCUGCCCAUCAUCGCCGAUGAGAUCUAUGAGCACUUUGUGUUUCCCGGCUCCAAGCAUUUGGCCGUGAGCAGCCUCACCCGUGAGGUGCCUGUCCUGUCGUGUGGCGGCCUCACCAAACGCUUUCUGGUGCCCGGCUGGCGCAUGGGCUGGAUCAUUGUGCACGAUCGCAAGCAGCGACUGGGCAAUGCAGUCACCGGCCUGAAGAACAUGUGCGGCCGCAUUCUCGGCUCGAAUACCAUCAUCCAGGGCGCACUGCCCGAGAUACUGGCCAAGACACCGCAGUCCUACUUUGAUGGCGUCAUCGAGGUGCUCUACUCGAAUGCCAGUUUGGCGUACAAGCUGCUGAAGCAAGUGCAUGGCCUCAAUCCGGUGAUGCCGAAUGGCGCCAUGUACAUGAUGAUUGGCGUGAGCAUCGAACGCUUUCCGGAAUUCAAGGAUGACACACACUUUGUGCAGGAGCUGGUCAACGAGCAGAGUGUCUUCUGUUUGCCCGGCAGCUGUUUCCAGUGUCCCGGCUAUGUGCGCAUUGUGCUGACAGUGCCGCUGGCCAUGAUCGAGGAGGCCUGCCAGCGCAUUGCCGAAUUCUGUGAGCGUCACUACAAGAAGAACUACAAUACAACGCACUCAAGCAGCUACAUUGAGCACGGCCUGCUGGAUGGCGCUGAGGAGCUGAGCUUCUGAUGUGCCUCGGAUGUGUGGGAGCAAAACACUUUUAUUAGAUGUUCUAGACUACAUAUAAGUGUAUAUAUAUAUACUAUAUCAAUCAUUUAACUAUCCAAUAUAAGG